GUGUUAAAAAAAAAAAAAAUCAAAUGUGAGAAUUUUGUUUUUCAAUGUGUUUGAUAUUUCUGUUGUUGACUGUUUAGGAUUGCUGUUGUUACCGGUGGAAACCAAGGCCUUGGUUUAGAAAUAUGCAGGCAAUUGGCUAAUGAAGUUUUGGUGGUGUUGACUGCAAGAGACGAGAAGAAGGGCACCAACGCCGUCGCCAAAUUGCAGUACUCCGGUCUACCCGACGUCGUCUUUCAUCAGCUCGAUGUCACAGAUCCGGCCAGUAUUGCUUCCUUGGCGAAUUUCAUUGAAACUCGGUUCGGAAAACUUGACAUAUUGGUUAACAAUGCUGGAGUGAUUAGUAGUAACGCCGACGAGGAGUACUUUGGGGGUUUAAACCUUUUACUUAAGGAAGUUGGUUUAAAGGCUUAUGAAAAGGAUAAGCCAUCACAGAAAGUCGAAACACAAACAUUUGAAGAAGCCAAGAAAUGCUUGGAAACCAAUUAUUAUGGAGCUAAGCAUGUGACUCAAGCCUUGCUAAAACUUCUUCUUAAAUCUACAUCUCCAAGAAUAGUCAACAUCUCAUCCAAAAUGGGGCAACUACAACAUGUUCAAGACGAAAGCGUAAGGAAGAUUUUGAGUGAUGUAGAUGGACUGACGGAGGAGGUGGUGGAUGAAGUUGUGAGUGGAUAUUUUGAGGAUGCAAAAGAUCAGAAAUUGUUGGAAAAGAAAGGGUGGACUAUUAAUGUUUCCGCCUAUGUCAUCUCGAAAGCUGCUCUUAAUGCAUACACCAGGAUUUUAGCUAAGAAAUUUCCAUCGAUUUCUGCAAAUGCGAUUACUCCUGGUUUUCUUGCCACGGCUUUUACUUCUUUUCAAGGAACUUACACCGUUGAAGAAGGUGCUAGAGGCCCUGUCCGACUCGCUUUGCUCCCUGAAGGUGGGCCAUCGGGUCAAUAUUUUUUUAUGAUGGAACAAUCAACAUUUUAAUAUGAAGAAUAAGUAUGAUCUAGGAUCAGCCUUGUUAGAAAUUUGGAUGAUUUCUUUUCGAUUUCUAAUCAUUG